AUGAAUAUUUCUGAAAAUGAUAUGUAUUCGUUAAUACUAGCAAUUAACAAACGAUCCAUGUUUAAAUCUCAAUAUGACAUUGAGUUUAUUCACUCUAAAUUAUAAGAUUAACCAUUUUUCAGAAAUAUGCAUCGACAAAUAGGAGACACUUAAUAUUAUAAAAUUCUAAAAGAACUCCAAUAUGAAUGUCAUUUACCAUAUGAACCUUAGGUAUAAAUAGGAGAUCAGAGUACUAAGCUUUAUUUUAUACUUGCUGGCAAAUUUUUAAUUCUUACUCGCAAUCACUAAUCCAAUAUUUAAUUGCCUACUGAUAUGUAACCUAAUUUAGUAUAUCAAGUUAAAAGAAACUAGAUUCAUAAUACUCUAAUCUCAUUCCUUCAGGUUAUUUAUAUCCAGGAUAAUAUUUUGGAGAAUAAGUUAUGAUCUUUGAUUAAUCACAUACUUAAACUGUGUUACCUUUAGAAAAAUCACAUCUCAUAGUCUUAAAAAGAGAAACUUAUAGAAGAAUUAUAGGUAUAUUAUGCUUUACUAUAAUAAUUAGAAUAAGAAACUAAAAAAUAAGAGUCAGAAAGAUUUGCAAACUUAUGUUAAAUUCCACUCUUUUAAAAAUGGAGUGCAAAAACAAUAAGGAAUUUAAUCUCUGAAAUUUAAGAAUUAAAUUUUAUUCCAAAUUAGAUUAUAUAUCAAUAAGGAGAUCCUGUAGAUUCUAUUUAUAUUAUAAUUGAUGGAUAAAUCUAAUUAUAUAGGACAUACAAUAAAAAUUCAUUACCUUUAUCUAUUGUUGGAUCUAAGGAAUGUUUUGGUGAAGAUGAAAUACUAACAUAAUUUAGAUCUCAUUCAGCUAAAUCAUUAACAAGUGUUAAACUUUAUAGAAUAUUAAAAAAUAAAUUUUUGGAUCAUAUUCCUUAGGAUUACACUAGUAAAUAUUUCAAAAAAGAUUCUCAUCAUAAAUUGAGUAUUUAUUAAAAUGAAGACUAAUUUAGAAUAUAUAGAUCAGAAUCAUUAAAGAAUAUUAAUUCACCAGCUAAAGUCAUGCAAAGAAUUUUGACAAGAAAUAAAGAAAAGAACAAAACUCAUUAAUCUAUUUCAUUUUAGAAAAUAAAUGAAUUAAUGAAAAAGGAUUUUAGACAAUCUAAUACUUCUACUAUACUACAAAAAUCAAAUAGUGUACAUGAACAUAUUCGAAUUCAUGCUACUGGAAAAUUUGAUAAGACAAAUUAUUUACUUAGUCAUAUCAGAAUGAGAUCUACAAGUUUAUGGAAAAAGACAAAGUGA